AUGUCAAUAUCGGCAGUUCCAUACAGGGAAUUCCUUCGCCAGAAAGAAGCCGAGUUCUUUUCCUUGAUUGAUCGAGGAGCCAUUUCGCCAUGGCUGUUCCCGCAUGAUUUCCUCGUGCUGAUCAUUCCCAUUUUAGCCCUUCUGAUCCCCAACAAAGGCCAGUCAUGGGUGGUCGCCAUCAGACGCAUAGCAUUUGGACUCGUAUGCUCCCUUGCAAUUAAGAGCCUGCUGCACACGCGAUGUCUCACCGGCGGAGGCACGGUCAUCGGUUUCUACUACGGCUUUAUCAUCAUCUGGAGUGCCUUAUUCCUUCUCUUCAAGGACGUCCAGAACGAGUGUUUCCGGAUUGAGCCAUCGUCAGAUGGGACGCUCUAUUGGCAAGGCUAUCCAGACUCGAUAUGCCACCGACUAAGCUGGCUUCUGGAUAUGUUUGGCAGUCUGCGAGGUGCAGGCUGGAACUGGAGGAUUCCUGGACUACCUCCACUUCCAAAGAUCAGGACCAAAGACCAGCAGACAUACGCAGACGGGAAGGUGUUACCUCAGGACGCGCCAUCGUCGACUUUCCUGAGGACCUCUUUUCUGAGGACAGCUCGCUACUACCUGCUUAUGGAUUUCUUGAAAGUCCUCACCAUGCUGGACCCGUACUUCUGGGGGCUCAUCGAUGCUGCUCCUCUCUACCCCCUCGACCGGAUAUACCACUUCUCACCGGCGCUUUUACGGCUUUUGCGCGCAAUCGUAACAGUCCUCUGGAUCCGCACGAGCAUGGCCUAUAUAGCCUCCAUGGUGCCUCUCAUCAUCAGUCUGGCUGUCACUGUCUGUCCGAGUUUUCUCAAAUGGACCCGGGUACCCCUCGACGCACCCUGGUUAUAUCCUCCUCUGUUCGGGAGCUUUUUCAAUUUUAAAGCAGUCUUCGACUAUGGCCUGGAAGGCUGGUGGGGCCGCCGUUGGCAUCAGGCAUACCGAUAUGCCUUCUCAGAGACGGCGCGUCAUGUCGUCCCCAACAACUUUGAAAAAGACAUGACCAGGUUUCUGAGGCAUUCUGUCGCGUUUCUGUUGAGUGGACUGGUUCAUUUCUGCGCUGUUCAUACGCAUUUUGUCGCCACAGACUCUGUGCAUUUUGGAGCUCUACUCUUUUUCAUGCUGCAGCCGCUGGGGAUGCUUGCCCGAAGAAAGCUAGGGGGCGUAUUAUUCUCGGAAGGAAGUAUUUUCUGGAGAGCAUUCAACCUCAUCUCGACAUAUGCGUGGUUAUACCUUGUGAUCGGUCCUUUUUGCGAUGAACUGGCUGCCGCUGGGACAUGGGCGUAUGAUGAGGCAUGUCCGAUCAGUAUUAUUCGGGGAUUGGGCUUGAUUGAGGGGGAGGGCUGGUUUGUGGGGACGAGAAGAUAUGUUCGGGUGUGGAAAGGGGAGAAGUGGUGGCAGACUGGUAUGCAGCUCCUUUGA